GUGCCCCAUCAUUGGUGUCAGUGGGAAGAAUCGUGCCCCAUCAUUGGUGUCAGUGGGAGGAAUAGUGCCCCAUUAUUGGUGUCAGUGGGAGGAAUAGUGCCCCAUCAUUGGUGUCAGUGGGAAGAAACGAGCCCCAUCAUUGGUGUCAAUGGGAGGAAUAGUGCCCCAUCAUUGGUGUCAGUGGGAAGAAUCGUGCCCCAUCAUUGGUGUCAGUGGGAAGAAUCAUGCCCCAUCAUUGGUGUCAGUGGGAGGAAUAGUGCCCCAUCAUUGGUGUCAGUGGGAGGAAUAGUGCCCCAUCAUUGGUGUCAGUGGGAGGAAUAGUGUCCCAUCAUUGGUGUCAGUGGGAGGAAUAGUGUCCCAUCAUUGGUGUCAGUGGGAAGAAUAGUGCUCCAUCUUUGGUGUCAGUGGGAGGAAUAG